AUCCAGAUAAGUGUCGGCUUCUUAAUCUUUGUCACCACCUUUAGAAAAUACCCCUCCACGGUGGGCACCCUCAGAAGAGCCUUUGUCCGGCUCAGCUCCUUCACCUGCGGCUCCGCGUUGAUGUUGACCGGCAUGCGGGAGUUGACCUACUUCUACCACCCAAACUCAAACCCGCUCUACGUGGAGAUCCAGUUGGCCCGCGAGUUGUCCCUCUUGGACCCGGCCAACAAGGGCCAGCCCGUCAAGGGCAGCUACUGGUUCGGUCCAAAAAACUUCAUGCCCAUGAACAACGAACAGUACUGGAAAAUGGUCUAUUCCAUGGAGGUCAACGAUAUCAUGGCAGACCAGUAUUUGGAAAGCCCUUUGUUGACCAAGUGCCAGGCCCUUUUGGACAAGAACUACGGCGAAACCUCAGUCGUGGAACUAAAAGCCGAUGAAUUGACCUCCAGAAUCGAAGAUAUCGUUCAUCGCGACACCAAGGAGCAGGAAGUCCACCAUUCCAUCGUCAAUGACAAAAAUAACAAGCUCUUCCCUCUAUUCGAAAACAUAGAGGGGAGUUCAAAAGCUAAAACACUCAUCUACUGGACUAGAAAUAAUCCCUUCGACGCCUUGCAGCUUCAAGAAUACAAGGAGUUUUACGCAUACAUGUUCCCACGUAUGCAUUUCGAGGCGGAUACCGUCAGAAAGGAAAACAAGUGACUGUUAGCUCC